AUGGGCGUCGGAGCAAUCGCAGAGGUGGACAUGCCAUGGAGAGGCAGCUGGCAGGCCAGUGCCGUGCCGCGGAGGGUCCUGGCCUUGGAGGGUGUACAGGACCCCGGGAACGUGGGAACACUGUUGCGAACGGCAGUGGCGUUUGGCUGGGACAGUGUGUUCCUGCUGCCGGGCUGCUGCGACCCCUUCAACGACAAGGCGCUGAGGUCUGGGCGAGGUGCAGCUUUCCAGGUGCCGCUAGUGGCUGGCACCUGGGAUGAACUGGGUGCCUUUGCCAAGGACAAUCAGCUGCGGUGCUUGGCGGCAGUUGCUCGCACCCAAGACGAUGGGAAUGGAGGCGACAGCAACUGUGGCGCGGCUCUCAAUGGCUGGUGGGGUGCAAAGUACAAAGAAGGCAUAUGCCUGGUGCUUGGCAGUGAGGGACAAGGCCUUUCCGCCGAAAGUCGCCAAUACUGUGAGGCAGUCAAUAUUCCUAUUGGGGACAGGAUGGAGUCCCUCAAUGUGGCAGUGGCUGGUGGAAUUCUGAUGUUCCUCCUGAGGCUGCAGUGA